ACUCCCUUUCCAACUCUAAUUCCGUCUCCGGCUCUCCGCUCCGGUUCCGUUCCUCUGACUCUCCUCCUCCUCUUUCUCUCUCUUUGCCCUGGCUUUCGGAACUCGUGAAUGGUGAGAGAUUACUUGAGGUCUUCCCCCUUCUCGUCGUCGUCGAAGAAGAGGGCGACCACCGCGCGUGUUCCCCGAACCUCCUCGGCUUCCUCUUUCUUCUUCGGUUCCUGCAUGCAGGGCUGGCACCACCGCUGUCUCGGCCUCGAUCCCUCCUUCCACGCAUCUCCCACCACCGACUGAUCGCCUCGAUCCGUCUUUCCUCUCAAUAAUUAAUUGCAACCGAACAAAAAAGUUUGAAAAGAAAAAAGGGAAAAUCCAUCUGGUUUUUGAUCUUCGCCACUGCCGACGAUGGCGCUCGUCGCUCCGUCCUUGCAGAUCAAGCUCAAGAAAAACCGGCAGCUUCUCCCAAGAGGAGGGGGUGGCAAUCGGGGUGGUGCCAGCAACCGAUUCCUCAUCACCGUCACCGUUUUGGGCAGCGCCGGCCCCAUUCGCUUUCUGGUGAACGAAGGGGAGGUGGUCACCACCGUCAUAUCCACCGCCCUCAAGUCCUACGCCCGGGAGGGCCGCCUUCCCGUCCUCGGCUCCGAUUUCAAUAACUUCCUUCUCUAUUCUGGAUCUGAUGCUUUGAGCCCUUGGGAAUCGAUCGAUUCUCGCGGUAAGAGGAACUUUGUGCUGUGCAAGAAGGAAGGGGUGGUGGAUGAGCCUGCUUCCCAGAUGCUUGGGAGGAAAGGGAGCGGGAGCUGGAGGACCUGGCUUAACAAGUCCCUCAGUUUCCGGAUCUCUUCUCACUGAAAGAUGAAGAUUUAUUCCUGCGUCUGUCAUCCUCCUGCCUCUCUUUCUCCUAUUGGAGAUCAUGCUUUGCUAGAUGGAAGCAUGAGAGCAGAAGGAGCAGGGGGGAAUUCUUUCUAUCUAUGUGCUAAGUUUUCUUGGGUCUGUUACGCUCUUUAUUCCUUUAUUUCGAGUCUCGGUUGGGGUCUUUUUGUUUGCGAUGAUAAUAAUGUCCAUAGUGAUUUGGAAAACUUGAGUCUUUGAUUCUUUGUUUUCUUUGAAGAUGAAAAAGACCGUUUAAGUACUUGGAAAUUUAAUAAAGUUGGCAGUUGUUUCAGGCAUUA